AUGGCAGAGCAGAGCAGCAACGAUGUGGUAAACCAAACCCGGUCGGGCGGCGACCUUUCGCCUUCCGACGUUCCUGCGAGCAAACCUGACAAUUUGACUGCUGGAGGGGACCGGGGGGAUGUUCAAACUUCUGAUAACAACUCAACACCAAAGGUAAACGCAGAGCCGUCGCAGGAAACAUCAUCGGGUAACCCAUCGUCGACCGAAGCGAACGGGGCUGGGGCAGAUAACAACGAUGCUGAGGCCAGCCUGUCGCCGAAUGUUGGAGAUGGAAGUGGAGGGUCUGAUACGGAUGCGAGCCGACCUGAUGCACGAUCUAACGCGGACGGGGCACAGCACUCCCGAACGAGCUCUGUUAAAAGGCCGGCAUCGUUCAAACCUGUUUCAUUCGCUAAGUUUUCCGUCACAAAGCCAUCGGGAUCGAAUGGGAAUAACAAAUCAACUCCGGAGAAAGUAUGGAAUAAGAACCGACAUCUGUAUACAGCUGUCCAGCCGCCUCCAACAAAGCAUCUUACAGACGAAGAGUUGAAGCAGCAAUACGGAAUCCACAUGACAUCACGCAUACAAACUGAUAACAACGAAAAGGAGGCUAAAUGGGCCGAUAUUGACGAUGAUGAAGAUGACUGGGCCCCCGAGACUAUUGAGUGGAAUGAUGGCACCAAAAUCACCUUAACCCAUACAGAAGGAACCGCGCCAGGUUCGCAAGAGAAUAGUGGCCCGACUAUCAAUUCAGCUGACCAAAAGAGACAACCAUCACCAGUCAGCAACGCGCCACCCGCCCGCGAGGCACCUAGACUGCUACUUUCGAAACCUUCAAGCUCGUUGGGGUCGAAUGCCACAAUCCUGAAAGUCGGCGCAAGCGCGGAAAAGCAGCAAUCUAAACAGGGUAGCGAUUUAUCAAAAAGUACCAACGACAAAUCUACAUUAUCGUCAAAGGGACCAGCUGCAGUGAGAUCGCCCUGGGCUCCCUUGCCGCCUGUGGAAAAAGCGUCUCCUCUAGCACUUAAUCCACCUACACAGAGCCAAGCUCCCCCUCGAUUUAACCAUACUGAGCUCCACAGACCAAAUGUUGCAUCGGCUCCUCCCACAAAGGAAAUCGCUGCAGAUGACUUCAACAGGUCUUGGAGGGAUAGGCAGCCGGCCGCUCCCCGUGAACUAUACAACUCUCAAUCUGGUAGAUACGAACCUGUUUCAGACAACCGCCAUGGUUCUCUAAGGAACGAUAAGUCUAUGAAGAAUGACGGCCAUUUUAGACCGGCCUCUCUCCUCCAACGGUCCAUGCAUAAUGAGCAACCUGGGCCAGCCGAGCCUUCGCCCGCUUUCCAGACUCACCGAAGUCCUACGGAAGGUAGUUCUUGGGGCCGCCGGCGCACUUCCUCGAAUGUAAGUGGUGGUAGUGGAGGGUUUGCUAGAAGAAUGUCGUUGGGUAGGCCCGAUCUUCCUUUCAAAGGUGGCCCUCCAUCAACUGGAACACUUGAGAGGUCUGCCUCACCAAAUGCACGUCAACUCCAGAAUGGGCCAAUCGCUCCAAGUCUUGGAUCUCCGUCUCAGCAAUCACACAGAAGCCUUGAUCAUGGACCUCCCAACUAUCAUCAGUCUUCAACUAAUUCCCAAGGCAACGCACCCCUACCAGGUACCGCAGAAGGUCCAACCUCCCAGCUCCCAACCAUGGUUGAGGACCCUGUCGCAAUGCAGCAACGAAUCAUGCGAGAGAAACGAGAAAUGGCAAGACAACGACGCUUAGAACAAGAGGCCAAAGAAGAGGCCGCUAAACAGGAACGCAUAAGGAUAAAACUUCAGUCCAUGGGCGUACCUCCUAAUGAACUUCCAGGCGCAAAAAGUGCGACACAGUCUUCAACGGCCGAAACGAAACGGUCUGCUGGUCCACCAGCAACAACUGCCACUACGAUGGCAUCGCCGCCAAAGCCACCAGUCCCGGAACUAACAGGAGAACCCAAGCAAUACGGCAUGAUGAAAGUGCAUCACCCCGAGUCAGUGAAGAAGUUAGUGGCGUCUUCCGAGAAGGCCCCUGAGAAGUUUCAGCAGGCUGGAAACCAAGCUCAAAGCCAACAACUAUCACCUUCUCAUAAGCAAUCACGACCCGAAGCCUCACCUACUGUCAACGGAUCAAAACCUGCCCAAGAGGCUCAGGCUAAAACUUCUCAGUCAACUUACGAGCCACAGCCAGAGGAAAGGCCACCAAAUUGGAAAUAUUCAGUUCCUUCGACAUCCACAUACACUUGGCCUAGCUCUAAAGGCCAUACAGCAGCUCUUGGUGCUCUUUGGGGACCGCCGACUAACGAUAAGGCUUUGGGCAACGGAACAUUUGAUAGAAACCUCGCCAGCUUUCCAUCAGAUCUCAGUUCGCUAGGUCUGACGGAGCAACAGCAUAUCUAUCCCCAACCGGGCCAGGAAGGGGCAGAAAUGCCUGACGGAAUUUCUCGUCCGCUACCUCCUCCCUCGAAGGCUAUUCAAGAUAACGGAAAGCCCUUAUCUCCUCUAUCAUCCCCUGACCAUGUGCGGCCAGAUCUCAUGGGUGAUAAUCCAAAACCAAUCGCUCCUCCUGGUCCAAUUGCACCGCCGUCUUACAGUCAAGGCCAAAGAUGGCAGCACGACCGACAGCCUCACCGUAAUCAGGAAACUGCUGCUUGGAGUAAUUUCCAUUUAGUUGCUAGAAAAUCAGAAAUGGAGGAGAACGAAAGGUUUCAUCAGGACCUCAAAGCUCUCCGUGAAGAAGAAACCAGGACGGGAAUUAGUCCUUCCCUGCAGACAACUUUCAACGAAACAUGGAGACAAGUUGAAACUGGGGAGCGCUUAGGAAAUCGGAAUAUUAUCGGGGUGGUUUCGAAAGCCUCCGAUAAUAAGGAUACUCAACCUUCUCCAUUCCAUCAAAUAGAUUCCGUCGGUGGCAUUUCUUUCAGUGAUAAGCAAAAAGUCGUGCCUCCGCCCCCAGCUCGCGGCUCUCGUUUCUUUCCCCAGGGCGCUGAACCAAAGCGACCAAGUAACCAAGAGUCUAUGUCACGUCGUAGCCAGUCUCCUCCCCCGCCAGAGGAAGUGUCCAGCCAUCCUGUCUUCACAGGCGACUCUCAAAGACCAUUAGUUCAUCUCCCCAACCCUAAGCCACGCGUCAAACUCCCUCCUGGUGCACUCGCAGUGCCUAGUCCACCACCGCCUCCUCCAGCCCCUGCAACAUUUGCUGCUAUGGUUGCUUCACGCCCUCCUGCCCGAGCACCUCCACAGCCAAUUGCCAGUACCACAUCUUGGCAAGAUAGAUUUAAUGGGCUAUUCGGCAAAAAAACGUCCCAGCCUGCCCAGAGGAAAAGCAGCUCACUUGCUGUUGCAUCCGCAACCAAGGAACCCCUAGAUGUGGUAUCAAGCGUCUCAUCCGCUGCCGUAUCUUUCCCACAACAUGAUGAGAAGCAGAAAAUCAUAGACUAUUCAGAUAAGGUAACGACAAAAGAGGUCGAAGAAGAAGAAGCAAUCUUUGAAGAUCGCGAGGCGGGAUCCUUGCCUGUUGUCAAAGUUCCUGAUAUGGCGCCACGGGCCGCCUGGCACCCAGCCCCAAAGCAAUCGCGCUUCCGGGCUAAGUACCAGAAACCCGUCUUAUCACAAAGUAUCGACCCAUUUCUCAUGGCAGGUAUCGAACGGGAUAGCAACGGUGAAGUCGUUGUUAUUGUUCGACCACCAGGCAAGGACUUGAAAACAAUUACCUUACCCAAACGAGGCGGAAGCAGCUCAGCAAAAAUUCGUUCGAACCCCAAGAACCGUUCUAGGAACACUAGGUCCAGAGAUGGGAGUGGAUUGUAUCAAAAUUCACAGACUACCAAAAAGGCUGGGUCUACAACUACAAAUACCCCCUCUACCUCGCUCUCAACCUCCACUCGUACAGGCUCUCACAAAUCACACCAAAGCAGUUCGAAGUAG